AUGGAGGAGGGGCAUGCAGAGGGCAGGGAAACACGGCCCCAUGGUGGUCAUGUGCACAUGUAUCCAAUGCGUCCUCCUCUUUUUACCGAGGUGGGCAACGCCUUCGUGCAGCAGUACUACAACAUCCUCCACCAGUCCCCGGAGCUCGUCUUCCGCUUCUACCAGGAGGCCAGCCGCAUCGGCCGCCCCGCCACCACCGGCGCCGACAUGGACACCGUCACCACCAUGGAGGCGAUUAACGAGAAGAUCAUGUCCAUGGACAUCGCGCGGGCGGAGAUCAGGGGGGUGGACGCGCAGGAGUCGCUAUGUGGCGGUGUGACCGUGCUCGUCACGGGCCACCUCACAGGGAAGGACGACGUCUGCCGCGAGUUCGCGCAGUCCUUCUUCCUUGCGCCGCAGGAGAAGGGUUACUUCGUGCUCAACGACAUACUAUGUUAUGUCGGGCAGGGUGAGGCCGACCAGUCAUUGCCGCCACCUCAGCAGCAGCCGCCGGCACCGGAGUUGGAUGCAGUGGUUGCCCCUGCUGCCGCCCUGGCAAAUGGUACUGUUGCCCUUGUGGAGAGUGUGCCUCGCGAGCAGGAGGCUUCGCCGCAGCCAGAGCCGGAUCUCUCUGAGUCUGUUCCUCAUACCAACGAGGAUGAGGAUCCCAAGGAGGAGGUUUACAACCCACCGAAUGACGUGGAAGUGCCUGUUGUGGAGGAAACACCGGUUCCUGAGGUCAUAGAUGAAGUGCCAAAUAAUGUAGCAGCCUCCAUACCGGUUUCGGCUCCCCCUGUACCACAUGACGAGGCCCCUAAGAAGUCGUACGCUUCAAUUGUCAAAGUCAUGAAAGCAGUUCUGCCACCAAAUUCCGCAGUUCCUUACAGGCCUGCACCACCAAAACCGGAGAAGCAAGCUCCUGCUCCUGCCCUGUCUGUGGCUGUUGAUCCUCCAACUUUCAGUCCUAAUCCUGAGAGCAGCAACAUUCAAGACCCAGAAGUUGAUGCGCUUGCGGUGUAUGUCAAAAAUCUGCCCUUACAUGCCACACCUAGCCAAUUAGAAGAGGAGUUCAAAAGAUUUGGUACUAUUAAACAUGAUGGUAUCCAAGUUAGAAGCCACAAGAUUCAAGGGUUCUGCUAUGGCUUCAUAGAGUUUGAGGAUGCCAGCUCAGUUCAAAGUGCACUAGCGGCUUCUCCUGUGACGAUUGAUGACCGACCAUGCCACGUCGAAGAAAAAAGAACUCCUGGUUCACGUGGUAGUAGCAGGGGAAGGUUUCCACCGGGUAGAGGUGGUAAUUUCCGAGGUGAAGGCAUGAGAGGCCGUGGUAGUUACCCUGGAGGGAGAGGCUAUGGAAGGGGCGAGUACAACAACUAUCGAUCUGAUUUUGGAGGCAGAGGCGGUGGUAGAGGCGGCUCAGGUCGUGGAGGUGAUGUUGGCUACCAGCGGGUUGAUCACUCUGGCACCGGUGGGCGUGGUGGUGCCCGGGCAGCUGCAAAGUGA